AUGCGAACCACCUGGGCAGCCUUCGGCCUUGCAGCCAUCGCGGGCUUCGUUGACGCUGCACCAACCGACAAAAACACCAAAUGCCCUGCUGGUCCUCGUCUGGCUCACUGGCCUCCCAAAGCCGCCAAGGCGCUCAACGAUAUGAUUGCGCGCAAUGCUCACAAGGGCCGCUAUGCUGUCUUCGACAUGGACAACACCAGCUACCGCUUCGACCUGGAGGAGUCUCUGCUGCCCUUCCUCGAGGCCAAAGGUGUCUUGACUCGCAAAAACCUUGACCCGUCGCUCAAGGUUGUUCCCUUUAAAGACACUGCGUCUUUCACCGAGAGCUUGUACAGCUACUACCUCCGACUGUGCGAGAUCGACGAUGCUGUCUGCUAUCCUUUUGCCGCCCAGGUAUUCAGCGGCGUGCCACUUCGAGAGCUCAAAACCUACGUUGACGAGCUCAUGGCCCUAAACGACACCAUUCCCGUGCAGUACUACGAGGCAGGCGUCCUAACUAAUUCUACCGUUAGCCCGCCCAAGAUUUUCCGUGGCCAGGUCGAGCUGUAUAAUAGGCUCAUGGCAAAUGGCAUUGAAGUCUAUGUUGUCAGUGCUGCUUCUGAGGAGCUGGUUCGGAUGGUCGCUUCUGAUCCCAAGUAUGGAUAUAAUGUUAAGCCUCAAAACGUCAUUGGCGUCACUCUACUGAUGAAGGACCUCAAGUCCGGAAAUGUCACAUCUGCACGAAAGCAGAUCAAGGAGGGUGAUUAUAAUGAGAAGAACAAUCUUGACUUGGUCAUGACUCCCUUCCUCUGGACUCCGGCAACAUGGAAGGAAGGCAAGUGGGCGGCAAUCCUAGCCUACAUUGAUCCCUGGAACCGUCCCAUCUUGGCUGGUGGUGACACUCCCGAUAGCGAUGGUCCCAUGCAAUUCCAGGGCGUCGAUGUUGGACGGGGCGGCAUUCACCUUUGGGUCAACCGCAAGGACAAGUACAUGCAGCAGAUAAACAAAAUGAUGACGGACUUUGCGGCGGCCCAGAAGCGGGAGGGUUUGCCUGUGUGGGCGGACAAGAAUUGGGUCAUUGUCAAGCCUGAUGACAUUUUGUAA